AUUUCCGGUGUCGCUCUGCAAUGGCGGCUGUGAGGAAGGCGAGGGGGAGAAGGAGCCGUUCUAGGCGGCUUUAACGACGCUCCCAGGCCUAUUUCCGGUCCAGGACUGUUGUGGAAGUAGGCCCAGACCGGAAGUGGGCAUUUUGUGGCGGAGGGCUUCCUUCUUCCAGUCUGGGAGUGGGUCGUAGGCCCGAACCGGAAGCGUCCCUUUUUGUGACGGGUUUCUUCCUAUUUCCGGUGUCGCUCUGCAAUACCGGAGGAUGCUGUGAGGAAGGCGAGGGGGAGCAAGAGCCGUUCUAGGCGGCUUUAACGACGCUCCCAGGCCUAUUUCCGGUCCAGACUGUUGUGGAGGUAGGCCCAGACCGGAAGUGGGUAUUUUGUGGCGGUUUACCUCAGAACCAUGGCGUCGCUGAGGAGGAGAGAGGCCCGUUGGCGGGAAGAGGCCUCGGAGGAGCGGCGGGAGCGGGGCCGGAGGGAGGCCUGGAGCCCGGCCAGGGAGGCGAGGCCCGGCCGGGAGAGGGCCUGGAGCCCCCGCGAGCGGAGGGCCUCGGCGGGGCGGUGGAGCCCGGGCGGGAGGGCCUCUGCGGAGCGGGAGCGGGCGUCCAGGCCUUCCCUGGAGAGGCCUUGGAGCCGGGAGCGAGCCUGGGCCAGCCCCGAGCGGGCCAGCCGCGCCUCCUGGGACUCCUUGGAAGACGCCGGGCGCAGGAGGGACGCCGCCGAGGCCGCAUGGAGCCCUCCCAGGCCCCGCAGCCGCUCGCCCAGCCCCGCCACGCCGAGGAGGAGCCAGCAGUGGGAGCCCAACGCCCAAUGGGAGGCCCAGCCGGUGAAGAGGCCCCGCUGGGAGCCGCAGGACCGAAGCUGGAGCAGCCCGGAGAUGGACAAGGAGCCCAUGGAGGCGGAGAGGGUGACGAAGCCGGGGUGGAGUGGCCCCAAGGAGAGGUGGGGAGCGCCCCAGAGGAAGAGGCGGGGUGCCAGGCGCGGCUCCCCGAAGAAGGGGUGGAGUGGCUCCAGGGGGAGAGGGCGGGGAAGGGGACAGGGGUGGAGUGGCCCCGCAAAGCCUCGGGACUCCGGCGACGGUUUCCGCAAGCAGCAGGCGGAGGAUUUUUUCCACAAACGGAGCCCAGAACCCGACGGCAGUUUCCGCAAGCCACAGGCAGAUGAUUUUUUCCGCAAACGGAGUCCGGAGCCUGACGACGGUUUCCGCAAGCAACAGGCGGAGGAUUUUUUCCGCAAACGGAGUCCGGAGCCCAACGACGGUAUCCGCAAGCAACGGGCAGAGGGUUUCUCCUACAAACGGAGCCCGGAGCCCGAUGACAGUUUCCGCGAACGGAGCCCGGAGCCGGCGAGGAGCCGUUACAGCGAGGAGGACUUGGGAGAUUGGAGCGCCGAGAGCGAAGUUGAGGACGCAAAGAGCGGAGGGAAAGAGCGGGCGGAGGAGAGGGUUUUGAGCAGGAAGGGCAAGCUCCCGGCGGAAGCCGUGGCUUCCCAUCCCAAGCAGUCCGCCGCCCGCACCAAGUGGAUGCCCUGCAAAGCGGUCUCGCACUUCUGGAUGACGCGGUGCCAAGUCACCAUCGGGAAGAAGGCGCGGACCUACCUGCGCUCCACCUGCCCCCGGCCCUGGCUGCCUGACUACUCCACCCGGACCCCCGUUCUGAACAAGAGGAUCGUGCUCCAGCUGAAGCGGCCCCACCUGAGGCGGCUCUCCUACGCCUGCCGCAAGUGGCAAGUGCUCGAGAACGAGCUGCUGGACAUGGUGGGGCCGGCUAUGACCAUCUACGAGAUGGCGGAGGAGGCCCUGGGCAAAGGGGAGUCGGUGGAGCCCCUGGAGCUGCGGGAGUGGGCCCGGCACCUGCUCCGCUACGCCGGCAGCCUCAGCCAGCGGCUCCUCUUCAACCACCGCAGCGAGGUCCUGGGCACCAUCAACCCCCAGCUGAGGAACAUGGCCCAGAAAAUGAAAGACGGGACCGCCAACGGGCGGCUCUUCACCGACGACGACAUGAUGCUUGUGCUGGAGGUCCUUGCCAAGUUCCCGCAUCUGGUGCAGUCCCCUUGGAUGGAGCGGGUCACGCCCACAGGCAGAGACCAGCCGGACAGCACGAGGCCCUGGAGCAUCGCCGAGGACUUUGCAGAUGCGAGACCCUCGAGCUCUUCCUAUCCUUGAGGCUUCUUCUCACAGCUUCCAAGGGAGAGUCCAGAGAAAGGCAGCGAAGCCGGAAACGAUACGGUGGGGACGUUCCCAUUGAGUUCUUUUUCUUGUUUCCUCUCCCAUUGACAUCCUAGGAAAUAGGGAACCAGCCCUACUUCCUUUUCCUGUUGCCGGAGCCAUUUGGUUCAAUGAGAACCCCUUUGUGUUCGUUUCUGGUGGGCCCGUUGCGCGACUUGGAGCCGGCCCGAUUUCCAGAAAGGGAUUGCAAUGAAGCCUCCUCGUCCCGUCCUUUAUUUUUUAUUUUGGUUUUGUUUGUUCACCUUCUCUCGAGGCCGAGCCAUUGUCAAAUAUGUGCUGGGAAUAAAUGCUAGUUUUUUUGGUUUUGAAAAA